AUGGGCCCCUGUACCGCCUCCUCAUGCUGCUGCCAGGCCCGUUAAUCUGCCAUGGGCCCCCGUACCGACUCCUCAUGCUGCUGCCAGGCCAGGCCCGUAAUCUGUCAUGGGCCCCUGUACCGCCUCCUCAUGCUGCUGCCAGGUCCAGAGUGUGUCAUGGGUCCCUGUACGGCCUCCCAUUGCUGCUGUCUCCAUCGCCACACUCUGCCAUGUGCCACUUUCAGAUCUCCUCACACUGCUGGUGGUUUCCAUUUUUGUCAUAGGGUGCUGUAUGGCCUCCCAUUGCUGCUGCCUCCACCGCCACACUGUGGCUCCACACUCUGGUUUUGGCCCCGUGACUGGCCAAAUGAGUGAAGUGUGCGGUGAUUCUAAGAUCGACGGCACUCAUCUGCAUGUCAUACUGACUGACAGUAUUAUUUCUCUUCCCCAGCAGACUCCAAGGGCAUUUAAAUUAAAGGUACAGUGUUCUGCACUAAUAUAA